CGACUCUCGCGAGAGCGCUCGAAGCUAUAAAAGCGGCGCCUCACGCGGGCUUCGCGCUUCCUCCAGACUUCUUCGCCGUGGUCCUUGUUUUGGAGCUGCUGAUAGCAAGAUGUCUUCAGGAAAUGCCAAAAUUGGGCAUCCUGCCCCCAACUUCAAAGCUACAGCUGUUAUGCCAGAUGGUCAAUUCAAAGAUGUCAGCUUGUCUGACUACAAAGGAAAAUAUGUUGUGUUCUUCUUUUAUCCUCUUGAUUUCACUUUUGUGUGCCCCACGGAGAUCAUUGCUUUCAGUGACAGAGCAGAAGAAUUUAAGAAACUCAACUGCCAAGUGAUUGGUGCUUCUGUGGAUUCUCACUUCUGUCACUUGGCAUGGAUCAACACACCUAAGAAACAAGGAGGACUAGGACCCAUGAACAUCCCCUUGGUGUCAGACCCCAAGCGUGCCAUUGCUCAGGAUUAUGGGGUUCUAAAGGCUGAUGAAGGCAUCUCAUUCAGGGGCCUUUUUAUCAUUGACGAUAAGGGUAUCCUUCGUCAGAUCACUGUGAAUGACCUCCCUGUUGGCCGCUCUGUGGAUGAGACUCUCAGGCUAGUUCAGGCCUUCCAGUUCACUGACAAACAUGGUGAAGUGUGUCCAGCUGGCUGGAAACCUGGUAGUGAUACCAUCAAGCCUGAUGUCCAGAAGAGCAAAGAAUACUUCGCUAAGCAGAAGUGAGCCCUGGACCAUUUUUAGAGCCAGGGUUGCAUUGAGCAGUUCUAAGAACCAAACUUCUUGUUACUAUUAUCAAUGCUUACAACACAAGACCUUCGACUCAGCUAACAUAUAGGGCAGGAUACGUCUCCCUUCAGGGGUUGGGAGGCCAGUCUUUCUUCCCUUGGAGAGAUGGGCCUUAGUUGUUCUGUGGGGUUGGCUAACUGUUAUGUAUAGUAAUGAGUCAUCACUUUUGAUCUUUUGUAGUUUCUAUUAAACUUGAACUGAAACUCUGUU